CUUUACCCUUGUUUGCUCUACUCACUGCCUUAAUUACGCUCAUCAUUGUCCCUAAUGCCACCAGCAGCAGCAACAGCAGCAGGAGAAGGCGAAAAUCUCGAGCGCGACAUCUUUGGUGAUGGCUCUGAGCUAUCUUCAGAGGAAGAUGAUGUCCCACAGCAGCGUCAGAGACAGCAGCAACGCCGUCCCGUCGAAGAAGAUACAUUUGGCUCAUCUGGAGAAUCCAGCGAUGCUUAUGUGCAGGCCAAACCCAAACGUCGCGUCAAACGUCGCGAGGACGAUGAACCUCGCAGGGUACAGAAGAAACGCAAGCGAAAACAACCGCUCACUGAGGAAGACCUUAACGAACUUCCCCCUGAGAAAGCAAACAAACUUCGGUUAGACAUGCAGUUCGAUGCUAUUCUCAAGCCAAAAAAGGCAAAUCGGCAGAAGAAGCCAAAAAAAGAUGACGAGGAGAUUCUAGACCGGUUCGCGGACGAGGAAGUAUCUCGUCUCAGGGAGGCCAUGCUUGGUGCCGCAGCUGAUGACGAACAAGCUAACCGCGAUAAGCUCCCCGCUACCAACAAAUUGAAACUUCUUCCUCAAGUAAUGGAGGUUCUCCGCAAGCAAUCACUGUCACAAUCUAUAAUGGACAAUAACCUGUUGGAAGGUGUCCGUCGCUGGCUAGAACCGCUCCCAGAUCGCUCUCUCCCGGCCCUCAAUAUCCAGCGUGACUUUUUUCCAAUUUUAAAACGCAUGGAAUUUAUCGACAGUGCCGUACUCAAAGAAUCUGGCCUAGGACGCGUCGUGUUAUUUUACACCAAAUGCAAACGCGUUACAUCUGACGUACAGCGCCUUGCCAACGAACUCGUAUCCACCUGGUCACGCCCCAUCAUCAAGCGCAGCGCUUCAUACCGUGAUCGUGUCGUUCCGAUUGCAGAGGAGGACGGCACAGAACGCACAAACGAACGUCUCAACGCUAUUUUAGCACGUGCAAAGGAGGGAGAAAAGAAUCGCAUCCGGAAGAACGCCGUUAUGAUCCCGCAAAAGGACAUUGGCACGUACACGGUUGCGCCAAGGACGAGUGCGAGCGUGAUGAAGAGUAACGCGAGUGUGGAUACUGAUACUGUGCGAAGGAAAGUUAAUGCUGAGCGGUUGAGGACCCUUUCUAGGAAAAUGGCCACUCGCGCAUGAGCACUGCAUGUUGGCGGUCUUGAUUCGAGUAUUUUUGUAUUCUAAACUUUGAAAAUAUAGUACCUGAUUGAUCCGUACCAGCGCCUGUAGAGUGUAUAUAAAUGUGAACCAUAGACCAGCUACGUUACUACCUGCCACUAGCAUGAAUAAGAG